GCCGUGAAGUACCGCCAUCUCGCAGCUGCGGGCUGGGGAAGCGUCAGGUGGCAGGUCGCGGUGGAACAGUUUCACUUUCUGUCCCUGCGCUCCGCGAUGCGGGAAAUGAAAACUAAACGGCGCAGUGGGCGCUGCUGCCUUCUGACGUGUCCGGCGAGAGAAGCGGUGAUUGCGGGGAGACGUGGUGUCCGAGGGCCCGUCAGCGGGUGCGGUGUGGACGUGAGUGCCUGCCGAGGUUCGAAGCGCUCCCGGUUGCGGGAAUCGUCUUUGUACAAUAUUGUUGAUGGGACAAAGAAGUGGACGUCAAGAAAGAAGCAAGAAAUUAGAGCGGGCACUAAGCGAGACCGUGAUGGCAGAAGCAAAUGUACAAAAUAGUAAAGAGGAAGCUGAAGAGCCAAAGGCCAAAGACCAGAGGUUAACAUCAGUCUUUGGUGUGGCAGACUUAAAAAAUGGAGCUAUUGGACUGUACAACAUUGGACAGAGCUGCUGUCUGAACUCUCUACUCCAAGUGUUCCUCAUGAAUAUACACUUCACUGGGAUACUUCGAAGGAUCACAGUGCCACCACAUGCUGUGCAGAAGAGGAAUAAUGUCCCAUACCAAAUGCUGCUGCUGUUGGAGGAGAUGCAGUGCGGCAAGCGGAAAGCUGUUUCUCCCAUAGACCUCGCUCACUGUCUUUCAGCAUACAAAGUGAAAUUGUUUGUGCAGCAUGAUGCUGCCCAGCUCUUUCUGACUCUCUGGAACUUGAUAAAGAGGCAGAUGAAAAAUCCAGACCUGGUUGGAAAGCUGAGUGAUUUGUACACUAUCUGUGUACAGGAGCACGUGGCCUGUCAGAAAUGCCUUUUUGAAACAAAGAGGAACAGCAGCAUGUUAACCCUUCCACUCCCAGUGUUGGAUUCCAAUUCUCACAUGCUGAAGACUCUGGAGGACUGUCUGCAAUGCUUUUUCCAUCCAGAAGAGUUGACUGAUCAGAACAUGUGUUUCUGUGAACAGUGUGGAAGGAAAACACCUUUUCUGCAGAGCAUGAAGCUAGUCCAUCUCCCGCAGACUCUGACCAUACAUCUAAAGCGCUUCUGCUUCGAAAAAUCAGCCCACAUUCACAAGCUUAGUCACUAUCUGCCGUUCCCACAAGAGCUUGAUUUCAAUGCAGUCUUAACAGAAAAUCAGUGCCAAGCAGAUGACAAUGAGAAGGCUGCCUGGCAGUAUGAGCUUUUUGCUGUUGUUGCUCAUUCAGGAUCAACUAAUUGUGGACAUUACUGUGCCUAUAUUCGAAGUCUCACAGAAUGUAAAUGGUAUUGCUUCAAUGAUUCAGAGGUUUGUCAGGUAUCAUGGGAUGAUGUUAAAUGCACCUAUGGACACUCCAACCUCCACUGGGGACAAACGGCCUAUCUCUUGAUUUACAUGAAAAAACAUCCUCAGUAGCCUUAUCAAGGAGUAUCAGAAUGUCUCAGAAAGCUGUGCGUUGUCCAUGGAGCUCAGCACUUCUGUGCCAGUGUUGUCAUGUACAAAUGUUCCACAAGAAAGACAUUCUACACCCAGUCAGCAACCUCUGCCUUUGCAUUUAUGAAAAAAAGUGUAAGAGAGACUCAGCUAGAGAAAGGAUCUAAGAACUGUUGCACCUAGAAACUUUCAUAUAUUUUUGGUAUUUAUGUGAUUCUAUAUAUUAAUUUCCUCUUAAAAGAUACGAAAGUUAGUUCUUGUGUCUGCUGAAUUACUCAUUUCUUUAAGGCUGAUGCCUAGAUUCCAGUACAGGGGAAGCGUUUGGCCUGAAAGCCUGUGUGAUGUUCCAGGGAGGCAUGUGGUAUGGCUGGAGAGCUGUGACAGCCAUACUGGGCCAGUAAGAGCCUAAGGGCUUGAGGCUUACUCUACCCUUUUAGCGUCAUGUUAGAUGAUGGCAAGCUGGGCAGGGAGACCCCAAAAGUCUUGAGAAACAGCUGGAAGAAGGACGAGAACCCUUACGACACAUGCACCAGUGAUGUCUACUCCUUAAAACCUUCCCGAAAAUGAAUUGCUGCAGGAGUUGAGAUGUGUUUGAAAGUUGGUGUCAGCAUAAAGAGGUGUUUUUAAAUCAGGAGCUGUUGUAGUAGUUCUGAUUUACAAGAUGAGUUGGUACAUGAUAUCAUGCAGAUGAUUACUGUUUUAGCAUGCUUAUCAGGCAUUUAUGUGCAUUUUCUUUCCUGUAUAGAGGAAAAUAUUCAGAGCAACAGAGAUUCUGAAGCUAGCUAGUGAUUUUGCACAAUACAGUUCAUACACUGUGACAAGUGAAGCGAGAUGCCUUGAUGUGCUUGAACUUUUGGGAUUUUCCUUCAGUACUCUUCAGCAGGUUUCCAGCUGGAAUUGUCUUGCUCUCUCCCUUCCUUCUCUGCCCGUGAAAUGGAAAUGUCCUUCAAGCAGGAAGUGUUCUGGAGAGAACAAUUUUAGAAAGAAACUGAGUAAUUUUAAAAUACCCUGUUGUGUCCUAUCACUCGGUGCUGUUGGUUCAGCCUGUGCUCCCAUGGCAAGACCACACAACCGGAGGGAAAAUAAGGAGAGCUAGAGAGGAAGGUUGGUAACAUGACAAUCAGAAGAAGAGUGUUCUGAAAGCUCAUUGCAAGACUCAGCUGUGAGGAAAGUUAAAAACUUUGCUUGUGAUGCUUUUAAAGCACUCACUGUGGUAGACCCUGAUGUACCACAGUCUGUGAAAAGAUUAGUGAUUCCAGUAGUUUGAGAUCUAAAAGUACCUUCUAGCCUAGCAUAUUCUUUGACUGUAUCUUUACAACGGUGCUAUUUUUGUGGGACUGAGCACAUUUUUAAAUUACUAAUUGUCAUGGUUUAACCCCAGCCAGUGAUUAGGCACCAUGCAGUUGCAAGGGGAUGGGGAGGAGAAUGGGAAAAAAACCUUAUGGGUUGAGAUAAAGACAGUUUAAUAGGAUAACAAAGGAGGAGAAUAAUAAUAGUGAUGAUAUUAAAAUACAAGUGAUGCACAAAUGCAAUUGCUCACCACAUGCAGAAAAAAAAGCCAAACCAGAUGCCCAGUCUCUUUCUGAGCGGGGAAUACCCCUUGGGCCAGUUUGGGUCAGCUGUCCUGGCUGUGGUCUCCCAGCUUCUGAUGCACCUGGCAGGGUGUAGGAAGCUGGAAAGUCCUUGACUUAGUGUAGACACUACAACUGCCUCCCAACAACUAAAAA